AUGGUCACAUCCAAGCAACAAACGUUGCAGGAUUAUAUCAAAGUCGCGCGAUUUCUGUCACCAAAAGAUAACGAACUAUCUAAGCCGGUCCUCUGGCAUCCCGAUUUGCAUAGAGACAGCAUCUUUGUCAACCCAGACCGGCCAACAGAGAUUCUUGGUAUCAUUGACGGGCAGGCCGUGAACCUAGCACCUCUCUUUCUUCAAGCGCGCCAUCCCGCUCCAGUCGAGUUCGAAGGUCCUAUCCCCGAGUGCCUCCAAUCAAUCAACCUGCCAGAGAAUUUCAACGAGCUGAGUCCGCCGGAACAGCUCGAGGCAAAGAAACCUCGAGCGGCGCAGUCGCUUUACAAACUCUACGAUAUCCAAUUAAUCCGGCAAUGUCCUGACGUUGCGAAUGCACUGCAGUUCAAAGAGUCGCUCGCUGAUCAAAUCACAGGUCUGGCGGGCUCUCUCUUUAACGAUGGAGAGCCAAUCGUCCAGGGCAUGCUCAUGAAGCUUCAGGAGGAAUGGUCGAGUUACGCUGGAUCUUCUAUCCUUUUGUCCGCUCUCUUUUACGGCAGAGGACAGGGAACAGCAAAGAGAAAACGAGGCAAAAUGGGCCUGCGGGGUUGA